CCUUUAGACAACUAAGCUCCCUAUCAUUGGUUCUCUCUGUCUCCCUCUCUCUCUCUCGGGCUGUGUUUUUUUUGUAUACUGGCUUGAGCUUGAAGACUAGGUACGUCGUACUGUUCUUCUCCAAGAUCAAUACCGCCCAUAUAUUUAUUUUUUCUAUAAAUAAAGGUACCAAUUAUACCGUGUUCACCAGCUCUCUAUCUUUUUAUCCAUUUCGUCCAUGUUCCUUGCCAAAGCAAUGGCAGGAGAAGGGGGUCAAAUUAAAGAAGAAGGGCAGACAAUUUCAACCGGUACCACAGAGCUAAUGACCAAGGAAAAGGAGGGCUUGAUCAAGAGAAAUUUGUUUACAAUGGCCAUGAAUGGCCAAUGGGAUCAAAUUGUGGAGGUAUAUAAGCAUGAACCAUGUGCUCACAAGAUGAGGAUCACCAAGGCAGGGGACACAGCGUUACACAUAGCUAUCUCUCAGGGGAAUGAGCAGAAAGUGAAGGACCUCGUACAACAAAUUAUACGUCAACCACGAAGCGAAGGGGCUUUUAAAAUUACAAACAGUACAGGGAAUACCCCACUCCAUAUUGCUGCAUCAAAGGGGAAUGUGACCAUGUGUCAAUCCAUUGCAAACGUUGAUCAACGGCUCGUGGGUGUUCCUAAUGGGGACGGGGAGACCCCUUUUUUCUUAUCAGUGCUCCAUGGUAAAAAAGAAGCCUUCUUCUGUCUACAUGACAUCUGUGGCGCAGAGAACGGCUAUCAAUAUUCCAGAAGGAAAGACGGUGACACCAUUCUUCACUGUGCCUUCGCUAGAGACUACUUUGGCAUAUUUGUGGAUAAUCUCCAGGCAGUGGAAACUUCAUCACAUCACCAAACAAAGGGAACAAAAGGACCCGUUGACAACAAGGAUCUGGAUGUUCCAGAGAACUACAAAACGUGCACAAGAUUCUUCAAAUUGCUUUGGGAUAUUACUAAAGUUGUCACUUGCGGAGGAUGGAAUGGGGAGCGAACACGCCGAACAGAUGCAGAGAACCCUAAAGGAUAUCCAGGGCACCAAUUAGUUCCAGCUAAUUAUAGAACCUGCUUUGAUUUUGCCAAGCUUGGAUCCAUGGCAAUGCUGAUCGUUCUUGGAUUUGGAUUCACCACAAUAAGAAAGAUAGAGCAAAAGAAACAGAAGCACAAAUGGGCCUUUCAAGUCUUGAAAGCUCUUCUAACUCGUACUUCAACAUAUGAAUAUCAUGCUGGGGCGGAACCCAUGCAAGAAACAUUCAAACUAGAGCCCGGAGACACAUUACCUUAUGCAGUUACGUCGGGCAGCGUUACCCUUGGCAACGUCACAGAAAUCUUACCUACGACAAGUGACGAGAAGGAAAAAAGGGCUCCUGGAAUGGAAGUGGAACGGACUACCCUGGCCUCAUCCAAUGAUUCUACAGAUAAUUAUGUAAAUGCUAUUGCGGAGAAAAUUCUUGCACUCCUUCGGGAUGGCGCCACGCAUUACCUAGAUCAUCAGAAGAAGAAUACGACGCACUCCUCAGAUGGGAAGGAAAAAACACCAGAUCAAACUACGAAGGACAAACCAAUCACGGAAAUAGCAAAGAAGCUGGAUACUCCCAUAUUGAUUGCAGCUAAAAAUGGCAUCACUGAAAUUGUUGAUGAAAUCCUCAAGUAUUUUCCGGUCGCCAUCGACGACUUGAAUGUAGACAAGAAGAACAUAGUGCUGUUGGCGGUGGAAAACCGGCAACCAAAUGUAUAUCAACUCUUGCUAGAAAUUAAAGAUCCUCAGAAAGAGAGCGUGUUUCGGCACGUGGAUAACGACGGGAAUAGUGCCCAGCAUCUUGCGGCGAGGCUUGGAGACUACAAGCCUUGGCUAAUUCCUGGAGCAGCGUUGCAAAUGCAAUGGGAAAACAAGUGGCAUGAGUAUGUCAAGAAUUCUAAGCCCCUCAACUUCUUCCCUCGCCAUAACAAUCAGGGCAAGACUCCAAGUGAUUUGUUCACAGAAACCCACAAGGGCCUUGUCAAAAAUGGAAGUGAGUGGCUAACCAACACAUCUCAAUCCUGCUCUGUCGUCGCCGCGCUUAUUGCCACCGUGGCCUUCGCCAGCUCCACCACUGUACCUGGAGGUUUCAAGGAGGAUACUGACAUACCAGUGCUCCAAAACAAGCCUGGAUUUGACCUAUUCGCCAUCUCAUCACUUGUUGCGCUCUGUUUCUCGCUCACAGCCUUGGUCCUGUUCCUCGCCAUCUUAACAUCACGAUACGAAGAAACAGAUUUUGGCAAGGGCUUGCCGAGGAAACUCUUGGUAGGGUUAACAUCUUUGUUCGUUUCCAUAGCAGCAAUGCUUCUUUCAUUCUGUGGGGGCCACUUCUUUGUGCUAAAGGAGGAGCUGAAAUUUGCAGCAUUUCCAGUUUAUGCAGUGACAUGCUUGCCGGUAACUUUUUUAGCUGCGGCACAAUUUCCGCUAUAUUUUGAUCUUUUGCGUGCUACCUUCUCGAAGGUGCCACAACGAAGCUACAAGAUCGUUCACUGACUUUUUGGUUAAUUCCUGUUUUUUCUUCUGUAUUCAAGUAUUGCUGGCCAGGUUUUAUUAUCUACGAAGAACAAGUUUUAUA